AUGUCAUUUCGUUAUCAUAAAGGACCAUCUAUCAUAACUCUUUUUCACGAUCCAUCAUCAUCAACUUCAAAGCAAAUCCUCAACCUUCUCUCUUCCUACAACAAGACCAACAGCCGCCUUUCCAACCGACAUCAUCCAUCUCCCUCUGCUUCCGCCGCUCCUUCUUCUUCGGGAUCAGCGGCUAACAAUGGCGAGAGCUGCGUGAUAGAAGCAAAUGGCGGUGGAGUAGGCGAAUACCUCGGUAAUGCUGCUUCUGAUCCGCCUUCUAACUCGGUUAUCCAGCUAGAAGUGGUGGAUAGGACUGCUAAUCCUCCUACACCAGAUCAAAUGCGCAGUAUCAUCGAUUAUCUUGCUUCAGGCACCACAGCCACUACCUCAACUCCAAGCAGUGCCGCCGGUUUAAACCCCACAGACACCAGAAUUGCUCAGCCUGACAGAGAGAAAAUUACUAACACUGCAUUCAACAUGGAAGAACACGAAAAAAUAAAAUUUCCCCUGCCACAUCAUCUUGCAACCAGUUCAGCUCCUGCGCGAAAGGACAGUGCAAUGCCAGAAAUCAAAGAUGGCCCGAUCAUCGUCAAUUGGGAUCAAGGAACUGCUGCUACCUCUUUGGAAGGUGUUAAGCAGAUGCUGGUUAGGAUCGAGAGGUCUGCCAGUGAAGAGAAGAGUGGGAAGAGUGAGGGUGGUGGUGGUUGUGUUGUUUGCUAA